ACACAGACACACCCCCUCUGUCUGCACUGAGGACACCUCUGAGUCGUGCAUGAGACAACCAGAGUGUCUCUAACUCUCUGUGCUGGAUCUUUUACCUCCCUUUCACCCGCAGCUCCAAACAACAUCGCCCCACCACUGAAGACACCAUGACGGACGUGUCCACCAACAUGCGGCUGAAGCUGCCGGUAACCUGCCUCAUCCUAGAGAUCAUCCUCAUCAUCCUCUUUGGUGCACUGGUGCAGUAUGACCACGGGACGGAUGCAAAGGAGUGGCAUAAUGGGAGCCACGGCGACUACAACAAUGACUUCUACUACCGCUACCCAAGUUUCCAGGACGUGCACGUGAUGAUCUUCAUCGGUUUUGGCUUCCUCAUGACCUUCCUUCACCGCUAUGGCUUCAGCAGCGUGGGCUUCAACUUCCUGAUUGCAGCCUUCGCCCUGCAGUGGGCGACACUCAUGCAGGGCUUCUUCCACGGCAUGCACGCGGGCAAAAUCCACAUCGGAGUGGAGAGCAUGAUCAACGCUGAUUUCUGCACCGGCGCUGUGCUCAUCUCAUUCGGAGCUGUUUUGGGUAAAACCAGUCCGGUCCAGCUGCUGAUCAUGGCGAUGUUCGAGGUCACACUCUUCGCAGUCAAUGAGUACAUCGUGCUUUCUGCUCUGGGGGCCAAAGAUGCUGGCGGCUCCAUGACCAUCCACACAUUUGGAGCGUACUUCGGCCUGAUGGUGACGCGGAUCCUGUACCGACCCAACCUGGACAAGAGCAAACACAGAAACUGCUCCGUCUACCACUCGGACCUGUUCGCUAUGAUUGGAACACUGUACCUGUGGAUGUUCUGGCCCAGCUUCAACUCCGCCAUCACGGCUCACGGAGACGACCAGCACCGCACAGCCCUGAACACCUACUACUCCCUGGCCGCCUGCACCCUGUCCUCGUACGCCCUGUCGUCCCUCACCGCACAUGACGGCAAACUGGACAUGGUCCACAUCCAAAAUGCUGCCCUGGCCGGUGGAGUUGCAGCAGGAACAGCCGGGGAAAUGAUGCUGACACCUUUCGGCUCCAUGAUUGUUGGUUUCCUGGCUGGAAUCAUCUCUGUCCUGGGCUACAAGUACCUCUCACCCAUCCUGGAGGAGAAGCUGAAAAUCCAAGACACCUGCGGCGUGCACAAUCUGCACGGCAUGCCCGGCGUGCUGGGUGCGAUUGUGGGUGCAAUCACUGCCUCUUUUGCAACCAAGGAGAUUUAUGGAGAUGGUUUGGCAGAUGUGUUCCCUGACGUGGCCAGUGGAGAAAUCCAGGCGUCUUAUCAGGGCGUCCGUCAGGCCAUCUCCCUCGCUGUCACCCUGGGCAUCGCCCUGCUCGGGGGGCUUAUUGUUGGUUUCAUUCUGAAGCUUCCUGUCUUUGGUGCUCCUCCUGACACCAUCUGCUUCGAGGACAGCAUCUACUGGGAGGUGCCUGGAGAAGAGGCGGCUCAUCAUGAUGACCAGCUGACCACAGUGAGGACAGAGGAAUCUGAGAAGCUCAACAGCUAAAUGGACACACACACAAACACACACGCACACUUAGGUUUUAUCAUCCUAACACUUGACAAUUUACACACUAAAGGUGACUUGAAAAGGGGGGAAAAAAAGCAAGAAAGAAAAACACUACCUAUUAUUCUACUCAUAGAGAAGAUGUUGUUGCCAGCUGUGACCACCAGAGGUCGGUGUUGAGCUGCAGCGGCCUGCAAAAAGGCCCAGUUAUCACUGUCACACAAUCAUCAUCAUCACUUCAAAACCAAAGAUAGAUCAUUUAAAACUGUGUUACAUUUUCAUAAAAACAAAGGUUUUUGUGACUUAUAUUUUUGUAAGUAAAGGAUUUUACAUGCAGAACCUUGAGUGAACACAAUGAGGCUUUUACUCAUUCAAGUGUUGGACUUUCUGUGAUUUUAUUUUUCAUAUUAAACUGUAUAUGUAUACUUAGAAUAGACUUAUGUAUCUUGUUUGUUUGUUUGGAGUGGGCAAAAUUCAACACCUCUUUAUUUUUUAGUGCAAAACUAUUUGAUAAAACAUUGAAAUUUCCCUUCACUUGAAAAAUAUUGGAUAUUUUUUUAUUUUAUUUUACACUGUCUUGUAUCAUUUAUAAGCACCUGUACAAUAUUAUGCCAUGAUCAGAGUGAAUGGAAGGUGGAAUAAUAAGCAUUGUCAUGCAGUUAUGUAUUUUCAAAAUUAAAAUAAACAGAAAUAAAAUGCA